CGGGGUUUGUGGGCCACAGGCGCUGCUCCCUCCCGGUGCCGGCCGAGACUGUGUGUUAGUGGGAGGGGGGCGUCUGAUGGAUGGAGGGGACGUCCUUUGGGAUUUGAUUGGAAUGCAGUUGGGUCUCCAAGGAGGGGGACGCGGAGGCCCCGCGCGCAGGUGCCUAGAGGUGAAGCACACAGAUGAGGACCCUGAAAACUGCCCGGGGCUGCAGCCCGCGCUCCACCCUGCGGGGAUGUGCGCCCACCCACGCCAGGAUCCCGAAACUGGCAGAUUUGGGGGAGACACCCUGUUGGUUAGUUACAGCAGUGUUCUGACCUACGGGUACUGACCGGCUUUCCCCGGGCGGAGGUGGGCUCGGGACCCUGGCAUCACUUCCCUGGGUACCAGGUCCCCCCUGCCGUCUUGGGUUAGGGGCAACAGUGUCCGCGUGGUAAAGCGCACCCCGACUUGUCCUCAGGAAUGUGCUGACGUUUCUUACAGGUCGCGUCGCUGUAAUAAAGUAUUGGGGGAAAGCACGUCGCUGACAAAGGCCUCUUCAACUUUAAAAUGUGACCUGACCUGUAAGAAGAGGCGUGUCCUCUGAUCCAGAGGAAAGACUCUUUGAUUUCCUUGCCAGGGGCCCUCCUCAGCACUACCUGGACGCUCUGAACCCCUCCUUUCACACAAUGAAAGAAACUCCAGUCAUUACCCCUCUGCUUAUUAUGUUAUUGUAUGAUUUUGUAAAAUUUACUGGAAACAACGCACAAGAGUUUUCAUAGUUGCUGUAUUUUCUUAAAGACAAACUAAAAAGGCUAGAGAAAGAUAUCUGUUUACUCGUGUUACCUCUAUUACACUAAGUGAAAUUUCUUUUACAUUAGAAAUUUAAGUCUGUCCUGUUAAAAGUUGCUGCCUCUGAACGUUGCCCACGUGAAGCUGUGGCAUGACCGUCAGCCUAGCUGGCUCAGCCAGGUUGUUAAAGUAGCAAACCCUUCUGGAUUAAAGAAUCCCAGUGUCUGGGAUGCCUCCCAGGAUCCCGGUUAUCUCCUGACCUUGUGGAAGACGGAGGUGGCAGACUGUGUGGGAUUAACCUGGGCUCCCAACUCUGCCCCUGAUGCCUCCUGAGAGGAAAGUAGCUGGUGUACAGACUUUGUUUACUCACCCAGUGACCAAAUCCUGACCGUGUGUUUAGGUCAUUUGUGUGUUUGCACCCAGACACAAUCUCAGCUUCUGCUCAGCACGCGACAGCCACAGAUGUGUUAGACGCAUGUGAUGGGAAGGGGGUGCUGCUGAGAUGCUGGCUUCAACUGCUCCGUCGAGGGGGUGCGAGUGCAGGUGAUGAUUAACUUGGCUUAAGAAAUAUACAAAUCAAACUUGCAAGUGCUCAGCCUCUAAUUACAAGUAGCCUUUUGGAAGAGAAGAUCAAACAGGUUUUUUUGUUUAUUUUAUUAUUAUUUUUUUAAUGUGGGGACCAGAAGGAACAUGCAGACUUUGUCUUGAAACUUUGUUCUCGGGAUGGAUUAUGUGAUCAAAAGAGAAGAAUAAUUGAAUUUGUGUGACAUCAGCCCAGGGCUUAACACUUUCACAUUUUUCUUACAGGGAAAAACAUUAGAAGUGAUAGCAGUUCUAUAGUGUUGAAUACAAUGAAAAGCCUUGCUUGCUGGAGCAGUUACACACUCCAGCAACUCCCACCUAACUCAGGGUCCCCUCCGCCCACCCUGGUGCUCACCUGGCCAUUGGUCAUCAUUCAGGUGUGAAGGCAGGAAGAACAUUUAUCAGGCCCUGAGCAGCUUUAGCCUACGGGAAUUCUCAGUCCCGGCUGAGACAGCAGGACAUCGGCCUGAAGACCCACCUGGACCAGCUGGACCUGCAGAUCAGCAAGCUGCAGCUGGAUGUGGGCACAGCCUCAGGGGAGGCCCUGGACAGCGACAGCAGGCCCAGCUCAGGCUUUUACGAGAUGAGUGACGGUGGAUCCUGCUCCCUGUCCACGUCCUGUGCCUCUGUCUGCAGUGACCACAUCUCCCCCUCGCUGGGCAGUUUGUUGCCUAUGGCCCAGGCCCCCAAGGCCAGGCCCAGCAUGGGGGACUGGAGGCCCCGGUCGGUUGAUGAGACUACUGUGCCAGCGUGGAGACCCCAGGCUACCGAGGAGGGCACCAGGCCCCGGGGCAGCAUGGAGAAUGCAGGCCAGCCGUGGGGCACAUUCUGGCCCAGGCCGGUGUCUACAGGUGAUCUUGACAGAGCCCUGCUGGCAGACACGGGGCUCCAGAAAGCCAGCGCCGAUGCUGAGCUCCUCGGGCUCCUCUGCCAGGGGGUGGACAUCCCGCUGCACAUGCCAGACCCCAAGUAUCGGCAAGACCUGGUGUCCCAGGGCGGCAGGGAGAUGUACCCGUACCCCAGCCCCCUGCACGCCGUGGCUCUGCAGAGCCCCCUGUUUGCCCUGGCUAAGGAAACCCCACAGAGCGGUGGUCCCUCGUACCCCAGGAAGACCCCCCUAGGCCCCGCAGGUCUGAACACCAUCCAGACUGGGCCGGUCCUCGAGGCUGGUCCGGCCAGAGCCAGAGCCUAUAUCGACAGGCUGCUGCAUCUGUGGGGCCGGGAGACCCCAGCAAAGGGUAGCGGGGGAGAACAGGGACCUCUAAGGCAUGCAGCGUCCCCAUCCCCACAGAGGCAGGGUGGCUGGAGUACAGAUGGUGGGGGGCGACUAUUGGUCUUCGCCCCAGGGAGGGAGGAUGAAGGAGGGCCAGCUCAGAGCAGAGGUGCCGGCAGGGGCCCCCAGCAGCAGGGAUCCAUGCCUCUUGAGGGUCCCCAGCACGCUGGCAACCUUCCAGAGGAGGGCUCCAAGCCCUCGAACAGCUGCGUCCUCAGGGAGACCAUGGCGUGGCCCUCUCUCAGCUUGAAGGCCCAGCAGACACCCCCAGCUCAGGACUGUGGACGAGGCAACGUCAUAUCCCCAUCCAGGAUGCUGGACAAGAGCCCCUCACCGGCCUCUGGGCACUUUGCCCACCCGUCCUUUGCUGCCAGUCUGAAAAUGGGUCCCCCCAAGAGCAAGGCCGAAAAAAUCAAGAGAAGGCCCACGGACAAGGUGCUGAGGUUUGCAAGGCAGCCGCCGCUUCUACUGGAGAGGCCUGAGGGAGCCCAUGCAGCCCCCCAGCCGUCCCUGGAGUGGGACCCGGCCCACUGGUCCCCAGGGAGGGGUGGGCUCCCGCGGAGGCCGGCCCUGGCCUGGGAGGCACCCGGGCGCUCCUGUUCCGAGUCUACCCUCUACCCCAUGCCUGUCCUCGUCCCCGUGGCGGUGGCCCCGCAGGAGGGCCACCAGACCUCAGCCCAAGCCCUGUUCCCCUUUGAGGCAGCACUGCUCACCUCGGUGGCUAGGAGGAAGCAUCGCCGCUGGCAGUCCACCAUGGAGAUCUCAGCCCGGGCCCGCCUGGCCAGCUGUCCCGAGUCUAACCUGGGGCCCCCCAGGCCAGUGGCCAGAAGAGCAGGUGGCCCACAGGCCCGGGGCCGGCCCUUGCUGGUCCGCCAGGAUGCCCAGACCAGGAGCAACUCAGAGCCCUCCAAGCACUCGGCCGAGUGUGACCCGAGGUUCCCCUCAGUCAUCCCGGAGACCAGCGAGGGGGAGUCCAGUGACCACACCACCAACCGAUUCGGAGAUCAUGAAUCCAGCAGCAGCGACGAGGAGGGCAGCGCCCAGAGCAGGGACUGUGACCUGGCACUGGGCUAUGUGGCGGCCGGGCACACGGAGCUGACCUGGACCCAGGAGGUCCCGGUCAGCUCGGGGCCACUCCUGUCCCCCGUGCCCAAGCUGUGCCGUAUUAAGGCCUCCAAGGCCCUGAAGAAGAAGAUCCGUAGGUUCCAGCCGACGGCCCUGAAGGUCAUGACCAUGGUGUGAGGCGCAGUGACUGCAUCAGGAGAAGCCUGCUGCACACCGGAGCCCUUUCCCCGCAGCGUCCUGUGCAUGUCUGGGUUUCAGUGUCAUCUCGCCAAGCCGCUUUAUCUUCCGAGGCCACCAUUUAACAGGAGUCCCCUCCUGUUACAUGCUCUGCCCGUGGAGUACGCCGUGAGUCCCCGCCCCAGCAAAGACUUCCAUGCAGAGCUCUGGUUUCAGAUGCCAGCAGCCUCCCCGGCCGACCUAGCGUCUCUUUUCAACGUCUGCCCAGGAUACUGCUUCCCGGCAGGCAUCUUGUUUCCACCUUGUCAUCCUCCCAUGGCCUUCCCCUGCCCUCACUCCCCUCUGGCUGGGGACGCGUUUCCCAAUCCUUUGACCAUUCCUCCCCAAAGGCGUUUUAAAGAGGCGGUUGCAGGACUCCGUGCUGGAAAUUGAAUUGGAGUUUAAACUCCACGUUACGCUGUCAGCGUACACAGACACCCAAAUUAUGCCAUGAUCUCAAAUAAAAGGAACUUUUUUUUCCCUCUUAA